UCUCUAUUAAAUUGCUGUCCUUAAUUUUAUUAAGGGCAUUUCGUCGUACAGAAGUCUGCGAUGUUGCUAACGCAUUGUCUAGCGUUGCUGUGCGCGCUCGUGGGAACCGGUGCUGCCGCGGCCACGACGGACGCGCCCCACACGGCCGCCGAGGCGACGCAGCUGCUCCAUCAACUUCAGAAUGAGCUCCACACAUUCAAGGACCACGUCAAGAACACCGUUAAAGGACUUGCAAGACAGACUAUGCUACAACAACUGUUUGUGGAAGAGCGCAUUCGAUCCGACGGUGCCUCGGGGAUAAAGCAACUCCGCGGAAUCGAGGGAGGAACUCGGCCCUACCACUCCACGUCUUUCACCAACAGGGCAGCUAUGAAUAUCCACGAGCACGCCAACUAUGAUAGGACCCCUGGCAUUGGAGAAUUCAUUGGCGUUCUCAAUGGUGUGGAGUUCCGAACGCGGCACAACGAUUACAAGCUCAGGAUGCCCUCAACUACAACGAAAAACUACGAGGCUACAGAAGAUAUUCCAUUCCCAGACGUCCCACCUUCAGUCCUCAACAAGCACAAUAUAAGUGAGGCGGUGGCCGAGAUGCGGGCAUAUUUUAAAGCAUUCCAUGACCAGGAUUUGAGCCUGAGGGACUAUCGGCCGUACUUUAAGCCCGUCAUGUGUUACCUGGAAGGCGCGUGGACAACGGACACUAAGACGAUUACUGAACCCUUCCAGAGCGACCGCCACUUCCUAGACGCAUCGAGCUGGUUUGAUCUCCAAGAGAAGGUGCGUUUUACUUCUGCUUCCGGAGGCAAGAGUCAGUUCGAGAAUUUCUCGUACCUCCCGACGACCGUGAUAAACGUCACCGACGACGGUGAGCCCGUGUACGCUCAAUGGAAUUACCGCAUCCUCUGCCACCCAAUCAAGACGCCAUUGAGCCUCCAGGACUUCAAACCGGUGGACGACCUUGCUGUCCGGAUGUACAACAACAUUGACAUGACCAAGUACGCCAAGAACAGGGCGGCUAGGUUUACCUUUACACCGGACGCAAGUUUCGGAUUCAACAAGGAACUCGGAUCCGGCUCAUUCACUGAUGAGCACUUUCUGAACGGGAAGCUCGAUGACAUCAUGUACGAGAUUCCCGGCAAGGACAACUAUCCCGGCCACAUUGAGGACCGAGCUUUCAACGUCCUAAAAUACAGAGCUGAUAUGCAAAACAACACCGUCUUGAACACGGCCAGGUACCACAGGCAUUUCCGGACGCUGCAGCACGACGACAGCGGUAACGGCAACAAAAACCUGGGAUUCUCCGACCCCUUCCUGUUUGUAGCGGAAACGACAAACCCCAGGGUCGCGAAGAUGGGCGCAACCGACUGCCACAACGACGCACAUGGCAGACAGACGUGUCAAACGUACGAGGGUCGCUAUACUUACGCCGUGCCCAUGGAAGUCAUCUGGAUGACCCCGCUGAGCACAUGGAACCCGUACAACCUCUACCUUUCAACCAAAGCUGGUAACCCCAACCAGCACGGCCGUAACGGUGGAAUGACGAGCGCCAAGGCGUUCAACGGAACUUCCAAAACCUAUUACUACCUUACGCCGACAGAGUUCUACACGGGAGGCGACUUGCAAAGGGACCCUGCGGACACAGCCAGGGAUGGCGUUGGCGUUCUUGACCAACAAGGACACGUUCGCCAUAUGGCCGCCUCAGGGGUGCGUAUUUUCACCCCAAACAUCCAAGGGGUUGGAAGCGUCCGUCUCCGCUACCCCGUGUUCCCAGUCCACCAGGAGGGCAACGCCAUCUGGAAGAACCUCAUGGCCCUCCAGGAUAUCACAAUGAACCAGAGGGCGUGGCAAAAUAUGUUCGAACAGGCCCCGGAAUCCCACACAGAGGACACCCACUACGUGAUGAGGACGACCUUCAAUGAUCCCCCGGGCAACCAUUUCCACGAGGUGUUCCUAACGACAGCCGACAUGGAAGUGAUUGCAAAGAACGGUAACGUCACCGUCAUGUCAACGCUCGAUCUGAACCACCAGCACGAGCUUGUUAUCCGGAAGAAGCAGGACCGAGGAGACUUCCUUUGGCUCGACAUUCUCACGUGUGACGGCCUCGCGCACUGCUGGGAUGGACACGACUCCCAAGUGCAUCUGUUUUGGAACUAGUCAUGUUUAGAUAUUGUAAUGGUGUUUGUAUGAUUUUUCAACAAAUAAAUCAUAUUAUAUAUUUUA